AUGGAUUCCUACCCUUGGAGCAUUGGCCCCAGUUUCCUUGGGUGUGCAACCACAGCCUUCAGGUCCGUGAGGCAAGGCGACAACACAGGCGUGGACCUCGUCUGCAGCUACAGGAAGGAGCCCUCCAGCCCUGACUUGGACAGGGUGGGCCUUUACCACGAAGUGAGCAACAAGACCAGAGCCAUCUCGCGCCUGGGCCCCUACAGCCUGGACAGGACCAGCCUCUACGUCAACGGUUACAACGAACAGCCAGUGACGCAGCCAGUGACGCCCAAUUACAAUGAACCACAUGAUCUGUCAUUGGAAAAGCCAUUCAACACACAAAGCCUGGGACAAAUAAUACAGCAAUUCACAGUGAACUUCACCAUAACCAACCUCAGGUUCACUACAGACCUAGGGAGAUCACAUUCUGCUAAAUUCAAUUCUACCAAGAAAAUAAUGCAACAUUAUAUUGACCUUCUGCUUCGGAAAAGUAGCAUUGGCCCUGACUUCAUUGGCUGCAAAGUAAUACUAUUCAGGUCAGUGACAAAUAGAGAUAGCACAGCAGUAGACAGCAUCUGCAGCUACGGAAAUGGCUCCCAAGUGCCCAAUUUUGACAAAGCUACAGUUUAUCAAGAACUAAGGAGCAUGACAAACAACAUCACCAAAUUAGGAAUCUAUAAACUGGAUAAGGAGAGCCUCUAUGUCAACGGUUAUAACGAACCAUUCCAGAGAUCACAUCUGAGCGUAACUACUGCUCCAAGCCCAGCAACCAGCCAUUUCACACUUAAUUUCACCUUGACCAACCUCCAAUAUACUGCAGAUCUGGAUGCACCAAAUUCCCGCAGAUUCAUUUCCACAGAGAAAGUUAUCAAACAUUACAUUGACCCUCUGUUCAAAAGAAGCAGCAUAAGCUCUGUCUACACUGGAUGUAAAGUGAUGAGAUUUAGGUCUGGGAGACACAGGGGUGACACAGGUGUGGAUGCUGUCUGCAGCUACAAAAACAACGUCAGCAUGGCCAGGUUUGACAGAGAAACAGUUUAUCAUGAGCUGAGCUCCAUGACAAAUGGCAUCACCAAACUAGGGCACUACAGCCUGGAGAAGAACAGUCUGCAUGUUAAUGGUAAGCAUGCAUAAGCAGUAAAAAGCAAUGAUUAUGAUGUCACUUGGAGAGCACUCCUCCCUCUCCCACUCCAUCAGUGCUCGAGUACUAAUGAACUUUUCCCUUUGGUUUGUUGGGAUUCAGUAUGUUUUGGCAUUAAGGCAAAAAAAAAAAAAAAAA